UGAACGCACAAAGCGCUCUGCUCAACACUCCUUGUAGAUACCCAUCGCCAAAGGACAAAGGCACAAAGCUCGGGAGCAGUACUAUCGAAAUUUUUUAAGGAUAUUUCCUGGAAUUUUCAAACCAAAAACAGUGGAAAAUGCAUGCAAGAUUUGCGGAUCCCGAGCCCGCGUCGCCGGACAGUGAGAACAGAAUCGAAGCGGAGUCGCUGGAGGCCAGAAUCGAGGCGUUCAAGCAGAGUCCCCAGAACAUGGCAGCUCUGCGGGAAGCGCUCGACGAUGUGGUGUUGCGGGCUGAGACGGAGGCCAACAGGCGGGCAGUUGAGAGCCAGAAAUCGCAACAGGGCAAGGAAAAGCGACCGAGUUUCGCCAUACCAGAUUUUAAGAACGGCAAGGUGGUGAACCGAGCCCGAGGAUUCGUGGUGCGGAUCUUCGAUGCCAUAUGCAAUUGUGCCAACAACAAUGCCGCCGCAGCCACGACGCGCUUCAAGUUGAGGAGCAACAGUGGAGGCGGAGGAGGUGGCGGUGGAGGUGGAGCCGGUGGAGGUGCCAGUGGAAAUGGCAAGCGCCAGCAGUCCCAGGAUGAGCCGGAAACCCUGGUCCUGACCAAGAAGAAGCCAGCCAGCGAGGGCAAAAAAAAGAAAGGCGUCAGCAUGGCCGAUGAUGUUCAAGCCGGCGUUCGACUGAUGGACUAAACAAGCAAUUCCGUACAAUGGUUGCUCCUGCAAUGGCAAAACAUAAUCAAAACUAUUACCAGUCCCUCCCUGAAAACAGUCCUUACAUCAGCAAUCAUUUCCCUAUCAUCCUAGCAUUUUCUUUGCUCAAAACGUCUAAAGCACAAAUCGAAAUUCCAAUUCCAAGUCUUCCCCUGAAGACCAAAAAAUUAUCGUAUAAGAUAAAAAGUAGACAAGGGAUUAAAUUCGAAACCGCUUUAUAAACAUAACAUUUUUUUUAAUAAACAAAUUUUCUUUGGUUACAAUUUUAUAAAAAAAAAAUAAUUUAAGGUUGAAAUCGAAUACUUAACAUUUAAUCCUUUGUCUGCAAAAAGAACUUUGUCAUCCCUAUUAAAUUUAUAAACGUUUGGCGGAGUCUUCAAAACUUAAAGGUUUUUUAAAAAGGUUUUUAGACUGAAAACUUUAUUUUGUUAUUUGAAGUUCAAAGGUCAAACUUUAAAGUUAUAUCAGAUUUUGAUUUUAUAAUAUUUUUUUUCAGAAAGUUUUUAGAUCAAAAAAAUUUUCUAAUUCAAAGCAAAUUUGGUUAAAACCUAUUGUUGUAAAAAAAUAUUUUAAACUUAUAUUUUUCAAGAUUCUUGCUCCGCCAAACGAAAACUAGGCUGCUAGUAAAGCUUUAGCUCUAUACAAUAUGAUUUUACAAACCUAAAUGUGAUCCCAGAUGGAAAUGUAAACCAAGAAAACUCGAAGCGCAAAAAACUUUUAGGUUAGUUAGGGAAGGAGGAUGAAAGAAAUAUCUUAUAGUCUAUAUAUAUGAACACCCUCAUACUUUCAAGCAACUUUCGAGGCUAUCCCACGCACAAUCAACGGCAUUACACAAUCCCAAUCCCAAAGGGGAAUUAAUGCCUAAGCUUAACAACAGGGCUGUCAAUCUCCACCUAAUUAUAACUGUACGAUUUAUCAAAUUAUAUAUACCUAUAUGUGGGUACAACUAGGAGUGUACCACCAACCUAUUUAGAUGUGUGUGUAGUAGUUACAGAAUAUUUCGAAAACCAGCUAACAAACGGUUCAAUAUACAAGCAUCAAUGUGUACUGAUUUUAUAUACAACAAUGUACUAACUACUAUAUAGAUGUGGACACUAUUGGACUCUUAGUUAUAUACCAUACACAAAAACACUUUCUAAACGCCGCACAGGUUUCCUCCAACAUCCAACAUCAAUGCCAUUAAACCACACACCACACACGCUCUAAUCGGAUAUAUUUUUGUGAGGCCCUUUUUGAGAGAUCUAUUAAGACACUAUUCUAUACCGAAUCCGAAAUUUAGAAAAUCGAAUACGAUAAAAUAACUAAAGAGAGAACUUUGUACACACAUUUGCAAGGCAACCAAUUUGUAUAAGAUUUUGCAUUUAUUUUAUAACCUCCAAAAAUGCAAUUAUCUCCCUAAGUUCAAAUAUGUUGCUAAGCCAAUUGAGUAUUUAUAAAUUACGAAAUGUAUAAGUGUGCAUAAUGCGAAUAUAAAACUGUUAUAUUUAGUUAACAAUAUCAGCAAUAAAGUGUAACAAUGUUUAAAAUCAAAAA